GCAAUACGAAGAUUAGCUCGUCGGCGUAUCGCUCCGCAGAUGUGGGGAGCUCACUCCCAGCGGCGGCGACAGGGCGGCGGGGCUUCGACGCCGAGACGCGGCCGGAGAUGAGGAGGGACGUGUCGGCGUGAGGAGGGACGGUUCUCUGCGUGUGUGUGUGUGUGUGUUCACGGUCAGCGGGAGCCCCCCCUCGGGAAGCGGCGAGUGCCAGGUGUGUCUCAUCAGCCACCUACUAGCCUUUUACCGUCACUGUCAAGGUCACCAUGGCAACCAGCGCCGUGCCAAGUGACAACCUGCCAACAUACAAGCUGGUGGUGGUGGGGGAUGGUGGUGUCGGGAAGAGCGCCCUCACCAUCCAAUUCUUCCAGAAGAUCUUUGUGCCGGACUAUGAUCCCACGAUAGAGGACUCGUAUCUGAAACACACAGAGAUCGACGGGCAGUGGGCAAUACUGGAUGUGCUGGACACAGCAGGCCAGGAAGAAUUCAGUGCGAUGAGGGAGCAGUAUAUGAGGACAGGAGACGGCUUCCUCAUCGUCUUCUCUGUGACGGACAAGGCCAGCUUUGAACACGUUGACCGAUUCCAUCAACUUAUACUACGGGUCAAAGACAGGGAGGCCUUCCCCAUGGUGUUGGUGGCAAACAAAGUGGACCUGGUCCAUCUGAGGAAGGUCACCAGUGACCAGGGUCAAGAGAUGGCAGCAAAACAUAAUAUAACUUAUAUUGAAACCAGUGCUAAGGAUCCGCCAAUGAAUGUGGACAAAGCCUUUCAUGAGCUCGUCCGUGUCAUAAGACAACAGGUCCCGGAGCGAAACCAGAAAAAGAAAAAGAAGAUGAAGUGGAGAGCAGAACGUUCCACAGGCUCCCACAGGUUCCACUGUGCCAUAUUGUGACCUCCCUCGUUCCUUUAAAUCGUUCUUAACAUUCACACACCCACACGCACACCCACAUACUGUACCUUUGGAUGUCAGGGAACUCCCCAGCAGUGGUUAGCUACUGGAGCACAAAAGGGAGAGGGGGGGCGUCGAUGAAUAGCUGGAUGGAUCCAGAAGGACAUGUGGAUAUGUAACGAUGGACUGAUGCCCCCUCAGCCCUUCACAAUGCCUUGGAAUGAGUGCUGUCACCUUCUCAAUUUACAGUCCCUUUCUGAAGAUCUUAUGAUUCCGUCUAUCCACAUUCAACACAGAAGAACUGUCUCUCAAUCAAGUGUAAGUUUGGAAUUUAUUAGUAAAUGUGGCACAAGGCGACAGACUCUGACGUAAAACUACGGAUAUUAGAAUCACCUUGAUGUUGGAAUUUUUGACUUCUUGAUAAAAGGAUUGAAAAGGGAGGAACUGGCUCAAAAAUGGCGCUUCAUAUAUUAUGGACCUCCAACAACCUGCUGGUCAUCACCUCUCCGUCCUCACACUCUUACGGUUUCUUGGAGAAAAGCACCUGUGUGAUCUCUAGAUGGGUUGUCUUCAUAAGAGCAUGGCGGGAUAAAUUCGGGAGCGGUGAUGUUUGUCGUAAUGGAAAUAGAUGUUGUGCGGUGUUGUCGAUGGGUGAACAGCCAAUUCUGUGAGCAUAGCGUGAACCUCGUGGUCAUGUGGCGCUCUGGCUUUGAGAUGUCAGUUAGGAGACGAUGGAAGGAACGUGUCGUAGCAAGUGAAAGAAACGUGACGUGAUGCUGAGGAAAUGAUUGACAGGUGAAUGCUAUGGCCAUAUCAACUUGUCUAAUACGUGUUUGAAUAUUCUAAUUGUAAAGGAGAGUCUGAUCGGUCGUGUAUGGUGUUUAACUUUAAACGUAACAGGGUUUUUAUCAAAACUGAUGUGUCAGCAGCCAUGUUUACACACACUCGUAUGAUGGAUUAUUUUCCCAUACAUACAGACAGUAUCUAAGUUUACGUCUGGGUUACACUGGAUGCUGGAACGACACGGAACGUCUUGUUUUUCAUUUCAGUCACGCCAGAAACCUCAUGUAGCAGUCUGGCUGCAGGCGUGCAGCAGACACGACGCAACUACAGACGCACGUGAGAUGCAGCAAAUCAGUGACGCACCCAGUGUGGCCCAGGCCUUAGCUCCCCUCGUCAGUCAUUUUCAAUGGCAUGACGUGUGCAGUCGUCAUCAGUACUGUGUGAACAACAGCCCUGGAAAAUACAGUGGGGUCCAAAAGUCUUGAGGCCACUUUCCCAUUCAAGUGAAUGGGCAGAAUGGGAAAAGUUGUCUACACAUAUAUAUACAUAUAUACUUUCCAUGUUUUCUUUUUCUAUCUAAACGUAGAGACAAUUAUAUUUGUGCUAUAAAAAUCUAAUUAUAGGUGGCAAUGUAAUUCAAUGCUGUUUUACAAAUCUGUAGGAUAUCAUUCAUGGAAUAGAUGAGGAUUAAUAAUGAGAGCUUCAUGUUUCAGAGCUGAAACUGGCUGGAGAAGCUGAUUUGCACUGGCCACUAACCAAAAUAAUGUGAUGUCACUUUAUUUCAAUCUAGGGGCUUUUCAGACGGCACCACUGAAUUCAGGACUAUGUGUGAAAACUCGCUCAGUAAAGGACGACACUCCUCCAGAUUGGGGGUGUAGACUGUAGCCCCGGGAACACAGCAGAGUCGGGAAGGUUUCCCGAACAGGCAGAUGUGAUGCUCCUGGGGCUCAAAGCCAUGUUAACCCAGCUACAGACCAUGUAUAGUUGUAGGAAAACCACACACAACAAAACAUUCAGUGUCUUCAUGUUUGUAGUCGUGAGGUGGGUAGGAAUGUACCAUUUAAUAACCUAUGAAAUGGCUUGUACUGUUAACGCACUAAAGUUUUCGGUGCACUCUUUUAUUUCGUCUGGAUGAAAACCGUCUCUUGGAAGGAAGAAUAUACAUUUUUGCACUUUUAAUACAAUUUCUGACUUUACUAUUGGCAUGUUGUUCUCGGUUCCAAUCUGCAAGUGAAAUGAAAGGCACGGUGAAAAAAAUGUAUUUGAAUGUAAAAAAUCGAAUGACACAAACGAGCAAAUAGGCGACUGGCGUUGUAGCCCUGUGUGCCUGUGUGUGCCUGUUGCCUUUGCCGUGGCUGUAACGGAGAUGAAAUACAUGGGAACCAUUUGAAGGGUACUCCGUUAUGAGUGAAGAAGGUUGAGUAUGAAAAAAGCUCACACAUUGAAUGCCGGACAACUUCACCUCAGCAUGAAAGUGGAAAAUCAACCUCAGCAAAAAAGAUGGAGGUAUCGAUCUGCUCCCACUGUUGAUUAAGGGACCUUGCAAAGAGAGUUUCCAGAGAAGGACUGAAAACAAUGAAGUACUGAGCUUAGAACAAUGAAGCAACACACUCUGGACCAUGGGGGAGGGAAAAAAAAGUAUAAAACAAAAAAAAAUGUGAUUGAUGAAAAUGUUGCAUCAUGUAUGUUUGAUACCUUUUUGUAUUAUUGAUAUGAAUUAUUGAUAUGAUUCUUGCAAAGUGUUUUUUAAACGACUGAAUAAUUUAUUACUGUCUAUGUUACCUCAGUGUGUCCCAGACCUGGACAAAAAAAACAACAAAAAAACUGAACCCCCCCUUGUAUUUUCCUUUUUGGUUUUCCUUUGGGACUCUCAGCGGCUGAAAGGCCUUUUCCUUCAAGCCCCUGUAUGAAAAGACUUGUGAUGAAGAAACUGAAAUUGGUCCUGAGCCAGAAAGAAGAAAACAUAAGGAUCUGUGCUCAUGUGGUCGGCCUCAGGAUGAGAACGUUAUCGCACAAACACCAAAACAAGGAAAAAGAAAAGUCAUCCUACUUGUAGUUUUAAAUGUUUUGUUGUUCAGUGGGAAAUUCAAUUUGUCCAGAUGUUGAGAAUCACACAAAGAGUUGGGUGAAAUGAUUCGUCUACAGAUAAGUGACUAAAUAUGAAGCUAAGCAGCUUUAAGUUCAAACUUAAAAUUUAAAACGAGAACAGUGCUACUCUUCUCAUCUAACUCUGAGCAGUUAACCACACUUGACCUUCCCGUACAAACAAACGUACUGAUUUGAUGCACAGGUUUGUAUAUAACCGUUUAAUUGACCCUGGAUCAUAUGUGAGCUAAAAUUGAGCACUUUGGUUUUCAGUCAUCGAGGAGGCAGCGUGACUUUUUCGAACAGAAACUCUUGACUGAAUUGAACUGAUUGGAGUUGUGUCUAUCCUGGAACUUUGUCAAGAUGUGAAGCGCCAUGUAAACGGCAACAUGAGCAAAACAAACAAACACCAUUUGGAGUUUCCCACCCGUUGUGUAAUGUGUGUCUUUGGAAAAAGGUCUGUUGUGUUCGAACUGGCUGUGUCAGACUGAGGAGCUAGACGAGGCACAAACUAACUGUGGCCUUUUUCUCUAGCCUCAGGGUUCGACUAUAUUUCAAUAAAAAAAAAACCACACAAGUAUUGUGACUGCA